AUGGACCACUCAACCCUAGUCUUCGCAUCCGUCUUCCCCGUCCUCUCCUUCUCGCACAGCACGCCUACACCGAUUGCAACACCGGAUCUGGGCUCUAAUGCGCCAGGCACUUCAUUUGGGAAUCCCUAUGCUCUGCGCAAUACCGAUGCCCGAGGUCAAGGACAAGGCCAACACCGAGCGGUCAGGCGCAACAGCGCGUGGAGCUGUGCGACGAGAUUCCUGAGCUUGCCAAAGGAUGUGUCUAUUUUCCCACGAAUGCAAAGGACAAGGGAGAUUGAGGAUGCCCUAAACUACUUGCUUAUUGGAGAAGGCAAGGUUGAGGACGCCAAUGAAGAAAGCCUGGUGGAAUGGUAUACAAAUGAGUGCCGCUUGCACUUUGCAAACCAUGUGAGGCCGGGAUUGGAGCAGCUCUGGCAGGAAGAGGUUGAGCUGCGCUGUGCUUGGGAUUUACUCGACAAGACGCAGCAUAUCCUUGAACAGGCCCAGAACGUGUACCUUCAACCCUUUACCGAGCACUUGUUGCAAGUUAUACAACAGAACGCAAGUAGUUCGACGCUUCAUCCGAACACGCAUACGCAGACGAACGAGUCUGAUGCUGCGAGCGCAGCGGAUUGGAAGUUUCGAAGCGAUAUACAAGCUGUGUUUGCGUACUGCCUGCCUCGGCAACGAUACUCGAAGACGCUGAGUUAUGUCUUGUACGAUGCGGGAUGUAGGUUGUUCCGCAUCUACAACCGACAUGAUGGCGUGGAGACGAGGAAUAUGUCUCAUGACACGCAACAGACGAGGAAGCGAAUGACGACUCUACUACAAGGGCUGGAGCGCAUCGGACUUGGUGGUGACAGUGCCCAAAAGGCCUUCGCCCAUGCCAUGACAAAGCUAAUUGAUUCCUUUAUAGGAAGCCAUUAUCUCAAGGUUGACUGGUAUUCCAAGAAGACGAUUGUGCCGCAGUUGAAGAUGUGGAUUCAGGACGGCUUUUGCCCGCUCGUCGAACUAGUAUUGGAAUGCCUGAGAUGCGAACAGAGUAGCAUCCUGCCGACUGAAGUGUCUUCGUGGCAGGAGAUGGCGCUGGGCAGGUUGGGUAGAGCGCGAGUCGACAACUUGUUUGAUUUCGUCAUCAAUUGGGACAAGAGUAUGGGCGCCAUCUUAGACAUCAAAGAGUAUCUCAAGGUGGCAAAUGCAAAACAACAUCUUACGUCGAGCUUUUCGCAGCAAGUCUCAAGACGUCUGCUACAUCCUGGGGCUACGACGACAUACAUCCUGAACGUGUACAUUUCCAUUAUUCGUUCUUUCCAUGAGCUAGAGCCUAAGGGAGUGUUGCUCGAACGAGUAGCAAGACCAAUUCGGCGGUAUCUAAAGGACCGAGAGAAUACAGCCCGUAUCAUCAUACUGAGUCUUCUCACUGAUCUCAAAGAUGAUACGGGCAGCAAAUUCUCUUCCAACAGCGAGUUAUCAUACGAAAUUGCAAGUGAGAUGGCUAAGCCAAUUGCAAGUUUUGGACAAGAUGCCGACGAAGAACUCAACUGGAACGACAUGAAUUGGCAGCCGCUCCCGCAAGAUGCGUCACCCGACUACAAGAAGUCAAAGGUCGAAGAUGUCAUCUGGUUCCUCUUGACUUUGUGGGAGAGGGACGACUUUAUCAAUGAGCUCAAGAAUAUCUACGGAGAGCAUUUGCUCAAAUGUCAGGAUCCAGAGUACGAGAAAGAGAUUCGACUGUUGGAGCUUAUCAAGGUGCGGCUGGGAGAUGAUAAGCUACAGGCGUGUGAAGUCAUGCUUCGCGAUAUGUUAGAAUCCAGACGUAUCAACAGCACGAUACGUACAACUUCUAGCGCACCAGCUUCAAACUCGCUGGUCACACCAGAUCAGCGUAGUAGACAACCUCGAACGCCAGAUGGCCGACAACCACGGACGCCACGGCCUCGCCGGCCAGCAAGGUCAGCCAAGAAGGCUACAUCUUCUGGUCCAACUUCUGCACCAGCUCCAGGCCCAACACUCAACGCACAGAUUUUAUCGUCAUUCUUCUGGCCACAACUCCGCGACGACACGUUCCAAGUACCUGAACAAAUCAGUGCGUUGCAGAAAGAGUACGAAUCACGUUUCGAACGUAUCAAAGGCAUGCGCAAGCUCCGCUGGAUGAACGCCCUGGGCACUAGUUCUAUAACCCUCACCUUUGAAGACCGCACCGAAGACUUUGACAAUCUCACCCCCUGGCAAGUAAGCGUCAUCCACGCCUUCCAGCCGCAACCGGGCGAAGAAGAAAACACUGCAGCCAGCAAAACCGGUGAAGGCACAACCCGCACAAUCUCCCAACUCGAAUCCCUCCUCCAAAUGGACGAAUCCCUUGUGCACCAAGCCCUCAGCUUCUGGGUCGGAAAAUCCAUCCUCCGCUUCCACCCACCAUCAACCUACUCCGUUAUCGAGUCACUCCCCAAACCCACCUCGCAAACCGGCGCCCACGACGCCGACGCUGCCGCUGCCGCCGCAGAAGAACUAGCGACCUUGCAAGCAGACCCCGGUGUCGCCACCACGACCAUCAAAUCACAAUCUGAGAUGCUGAAUGAGAAGAAACAUGUGUAUACGGCGUUUAUCAUGGGUAUGCUGACGAAUCAGGGGAAUAUGGAUGUCGGGCGCAUUGCUAUGAUGAUGCGCAUGAUGGUUCAGGGAGGGUUUCCGCAUGGGCCUGAGGAGGUGGGGGUUUUGCUUGAGGAGUUGGAGGGAGAAGGGAAGGUGAUGAGGGUUGGUGGGGGGGUUUGGGGGGUUAGGAAGGGGUGA